GGGCGGCGCCGCAGGGGGACGCAGCGCCGGCCGCAGCCGUGUUCGCCGCCGCAGCUCUCUUUUUUCUCUCGCGGACGCCUGGGCUGAGGACACGAUGUCGGGUGUCUCCCGCCGACUGCUCUGGGCCGCCACCUGCCUGGCCGCGCUCUGCGUGGCGGCGGCGCAGACUCCCAACAGCAGCGUAGCUCCCAACGUGACCGAGAUCGUCACCAGCAAGCCGGUCCCGACGACGCUCACGCCCACCGCGCUGCCAGAAACCUGUGAGAGCCGCACCAGCUGUGUUUCCUGUGUUAAUACCACCGUUAAUAAUACUACCUGCUUUUGGCUAGAUUGCCAAGAAGCAAAUAAGACCUAUUGUUCAAGUGUACUCGUAAGUAAUUGUAGCCACGUGAACAAUACUGCCUCCUGUUCUGUGCCUACUGCCGCUCCAGUGCCUACCAACUCCACAGCUAAACCCACAACUCGACCUUCCUCUCCUACACCUACUCCUUCAGUUGUCACAUCAGCAGGUACAACCAAUACCACCCUGACCCCAACCUCACAGCCGGAGCGCAAGUCUACCUUCGACGCAGCCAGCUUCAUUGGAGGAAUUGUCCUUAUCUUGGGCCUGCAGGCUGUCAUUUUCUUCCUCUAUAAAUUCUGCAAAUCUAAAGAACGAAAUUACCACACCCUGUAAACAGACCCAUUGAAAUGAAUGCGGACUGGCAGUUAAUGUGUAACUCACUGAAACCAAAAUACUAUCUUUCAUCAAGUCCCACAUGGAAGCCACUGUUCCAGGACCUUCAUAUUUCCAAAGGAUGCAUACAGAAUAUUCUUCCUUGAAGAAAAAUCAGUUAAACCAUUUUGCUCAACAGGAAUAUUUAAAAUACUCUGCAUGAAUCCGUGUGGCUGUCGUCUUUGUUUCAAGUGGCUGCUGCUGUGGGAUUCUGUUUUUCCCUUUGACAUGCCAAAUGUAACUUUCUGUAAGUUAUGGAAAGUGGUGUCCUGUGCAGGCAACCUCCGACUGGCAGUUCCAGUGUGGUCAUUUAAAAACCUCAAGUCUGUUAUUUUCAUCCUAAGGUGUGGCUUAGUGGCCAGAAUUGAGAAGAGUGCCAAGUGGGCGGGCACCACGCCGCUGGACUGAGGGCUUCACUUCAGAGGUGGACUAGAUUCACCUAGUACUAAACUGCCCUUGGAGUGCUGUGCUUGAUGGGUUGUAGUUUCUGCAUUAGAACUAGGAUGCCGUGCAGGGAAUCACAUUCCAGAUUUAGAGAAAGGGAAGAUGCAAACCAUGCGUGUGUAACAGGUUUUGUUCGUCCUCCUAAAGCACCCUAUUCAGAAAACAGAACAGUGCCUUAAGACAGACCGAGACGGCAGCGGCACUCACACAAGUGUGUUCACGCUGUGGGAGGUCAAGCUUGGUCUGAGAAUGUAACUGUUGGUGUGAGCAGCAGUGAACCUGCUUGUAGGUAACAUACUGUUAAUAUUUAAUUUAAAUGUUGGUUUCUCCAGAGCUGAGAAAUAGAAGCUAAAGAAUAAUUCUAAGCUGAAAGGCUUCCUGUUUCAAACCAUCUAACAUUUCUCAUGGGGCUGGGCUGUUGAAUAGACAUAAGACUGAUUUGAUUAUCUUUCCCUCUGUACACAGAGUAUCCAAAUAUUACUGUACCUUAAGGAUUCCUAUCAGGUUUUCCUGAAAAGUAGUUUUUACAUGAGGCAAGAAGGAAGUAGUUUUAGAAUCAUUUUCUAGUUCUUACAGUGAGACAAUCACUUUGUUUUCUAACAGAUGUGACCUGUGUAACUGAAAGCCUUGGGUUGGAGAGGAGGUUGCAGGAGAUUUCUAAUGCUGAUGCCCUGGCUGAAUAGGUGGCCUCUUUCCUUGGCCUUGGCGCCUUCCUCCUCGGUUUCAGUUCCCGUGUGCUGUGAUCAUGCAGACUUGGAUUCCUGUAGCUUUAGGGAAAGCACUCAUUUGUUUAGUUUAGAGUCCCUGCUCCCUUGCCUCUGACACAUGGCCCGGUUCCGAGGCUCUAAUUGGACAUGGGCUUUUGGUUGCCUCCGUCAUUGACGUCGGUGUGGUCGCCUCGUUAGACUGGAGUGGAGCACUGGUUCCCAGGGUUUAGAGGAGGAGUGACGGAUGGCUUUAGUUCUUUCCGGAAGUGAGGCUCCCUGUGCUCUUCAAACGAAGUGUCUGUCUCUCUCUCACCUGCUGGUACAGCUGCAGUUUGUUUUACUUGCACAUUGUACAUACACCUAAUGUUUUCAAGUGCCUUACUUGUUUCAAAAUCUCUGGCUUCAAAGGUUUUUGGGGAAAGCUAGGUUUACCUCACAGUUUUGUUUCCAUUAUACUCUUCUAGGUACCUCACAGAAUUCGUUACAGUGCCGUGGCUGUUAGAUGUAAGUGCAGAAGUUCUUGUAAACACCCAGACUUUGCAUUCCUUCCAAGGUGGCAGAAGUAGUGUGACUGUCGUUUACCUCCAUGUGACUUCCUACCCCAGAUCAGUGUCAGCACAUGUAGCAGUCGUGUGAGAAUGUAACUUGAUGGAGGCUCCUGUAGUUUUGCGCUCCUGCUCUAACACUGUAGGAGGUUAGUGACCCUUUGCAGGUCUCGUUCUACAUCAGCGCCUGCUGCACAGUUCACGGCUGCUCGCGCUCUUUCCCGUCUCUGUUUAGCAAGCGAGUAUUUUGAGCCAUUCGUGAUUUUUGGGUUUUUUUUAAUCCAGAAGAUCGAUAGAAACCCUUUCAGAGUUUUCAUCUGAUUUGUCCUGAAGAUGUAGUUCUCUCAGACCCUUAUUUUACCUUUCCUGUACUCGCUGCACAGGCAGACACUGCUGUACUUAGACAUUUCUAUUUGAGUUCAUUAAAACCCACAAAACUAAUCUGUAUGUGUACCAAACUGAUUUAAAAUAAAUACAUGUUUACUGAA